AUGAAGAAAUCUAUUAACAGAACCAAUUCUAACUCUGAAAAAUCAAGCAUUUUUUCAGAUUCCUGUAUGUUCUCAAAGGAGAUAGUAAACAUAAACCUCACUCACAUAGGAGAGAAGCCUUUCUCAUGUUCUGUAUGUGGAAAUGGUUUUGGGCAACAUUCAAAUCUUGUUAGCCAUCAGAGAACUCACACAGGAGAGAAACCGUUCUCAUGUUCUGAAUGUGAAAAAUGUUUUAUCACUAAAGCAGUGCUUGUCUGUCAUCAGAGAAUUCACACAGGAGAGAAGCCUUUCUUAUGUAGUAAAUGUGGGAAAUGUUUUGCCGGGAAAGGAGAACUUGCCCUUCAUCAGAGAACUCACACAGGAGCGAAACCAUUCUCAUGUUCUGAAUGUGGAAAAAGUUUUGUCAAAAAGGCACAUCUUGUCCGUCAUCAGAGAACUCACACAGGAGCGAAACCAUUCUCAUGUUCUGAAUGUGGAAAAAGUUUCUUCAUAAAUUCAGAGCUUGUCCGUCAUCAAAGAACACACACAGGAGAGAAACUGUUCUCAUGUUCUGAAUGUGAAAAAUGUUUUGUCAAAAAGGCACAGCUUGUCCGUCAUCAGAGAACUCACACAGGAGAGAAACCAUUUUCAUGUUCUGUAUGUGGAAAUAGUUUUGGGCAUCAUUCAAAUCUUGUUAGACAUCAGAGAACUCACACAGGAGAGAAGCCUUUCUUAUGUAGUAAAUGUGGGAAAUGUUUUGCUGGGAAAGGAGAACUUGCCCUUCAUCAGAGAACUCACACAGGAGCGAAAUCAUUCUCAUGUUCUGAAUGUGGAAAAAGUUUCUUCAUAAAUUCAGAGCUUGUCCGUCAUCAGAGAACUCACACAGGAGCGAAACCAUUCUCAUGUUCUGAAUGUGGAAAACGUUUCUUCAUAAAUUCAGAGCUUGUCUGUCAUCAGAGAACUCACACAGGAGAGAAACCAUUUUCAUGUUCUGAAUGUGGAAAAUGUUUUUACACAAAUGCAGAGCUAGUUCGUCAUCAAAGAACACACACAGGAGAGAAACUGUUCUCAUGUUCUGAAUGUGGAAAAUGUUUUGUCACAAAUUCACAUCUUGUCCGUCAUCAGAGAACACACACAGGAGAGAAACCAUUCUCAUGUUCUGAAUGUGAAAAAUGUUUUGUCACAAAUUCACAUCUUGUCCGUCAUCAGAGAACACACACAGGAGAGAAACCGUUCACGUGUUCUGAAUGUGAAAAAUGUUUUGUCACAAAUUCACAUCUUGUCCGUCAUCAGAGAACACACACAGGAGAGAAACCGUUCACAUGUUCUGAAUGUGAAAAAUGUUUUGUCACAAAUGCAGAGCUUGUCCGUCAUCAGAGAACACACACAGGAGAGAAACCGUUCUCAUGUUCUGAAUGUGGAAAAUGUUUUGGGCAUCAUUCAAAUCUUGUCAGUCAUCAAAGAACACACACACGAGAAAAAACAUUCUCAUGUUCUGAAUGUGAAAAAUGUUUUGUCACAAAUGCAGAGCUAGUUCGUCAUCAAAGAACACACACAGGAGAGAAACUGUUCUCAUGUUCUGAAUGUGAAAAAUGUUUUGUCAAAAAGGCACAGCUUGUCUGUCAUCAGAGAAAACAUACAGGAGAGAAACCGUUCUCAUGUUGAGUAUGUAGAAAUUGGUUUGGGCAACAUUCAAGUCUUGUUAGACAUCAGAGAACUCACACAAGUGAGGUGAUUUUAUAAUGCAUCUAUGGAUUAUUAUAGAAAUAAAAUCUUGAAUUGUGA